UUCCUCACAAAAUCCCAGAAGGUGGAAAAGGGCAAACCCUCAAUCCACUGGCUGAAUCUGGAACAGAAGUUUGGUGUAAGUGACAGUUUUGACCAGUACACAUUUGGGAGGAAAGUUGAGCAAGGGAAUAACAAGGUGAUAUUGCUUCUGGGGGCCACAGGUGCAGGAAAAACAACUCUGGUCAAUGCCAUGAUAAACUACAUCCUCGGGGUAAAGUGGGAAGAUUGUUACCUCUUUAAGCUCAUCCAUGAGGUGACCAACAGGUCCCAGGCUGAGAGCCAGACUGUGGUUGUGACAUCAUACGAGCUCUACAACCAGCCAGGCUUUCAGAUUCCUUAUUCUCUGACUGUCAUUGACACACCAGGGUUCGGAGACACCAGAGGAAUGGCUCAUGAUAAAUUGCUCAUCCAGAUGUUGAAGGAUUUCUUGUGUAACCCUUUAGGGAUUAAUCACAUUGAUGCAGUCUGCUUUGUAGUGCAGGCACCACUUGUUCGUCUCAGUCCUUCCCAGAGAUACAUCUUUGAUUCCAUCCUGUCCAUCUUUGGAAAGGAUGUUGCUGAAAACAUCCUGAUGCUUGUGACAUUUGUUGAUGGGAAGCACAUACCGGUGCUAGAGGCCAUCAAUGCUGCAAAUCUGCCCUGUAAGAAAGAUAAGAAGGGGCUACCAACCCAUUUCAAAUUCAACAGUUCAUUUCUGUUCUCAAAGGAGACAGAGAGCAGCUCUGAAGAGGAUGAUUCUGAUGAUGAUCAUAAGGCCCAGUGUCCAGAGCAAUGGAGGUCAACUUUCAAGGAGAUGAAGAAAUUUUUCCAAGCACUGGAAAGCAUUGAGAGUAAAGAUGUGACCCUGACAAUGAAAGUUCUGGAAGAACGUGAGCUUCUGGAGAAGACCAUGACACGCCUGACCCUCAGAUCACAGCAGGUCUGUCAAAGCUAA